CAAAUCCUGUCGUCUCUCUGGCGUGGGACAAGGGAGUAAAAGAAAGAAAGAAAGAAGGCUUUUCAGUUUCCAGAGCCUCCUGAGCUGAAUGAAUCCCCUGGUGAUAGGAGAGAAGGCGGAGAAAUUGGUUAUAGAGAGGGGAAUUGUUGUUUGAUUUGUGAAAGAGGAAAGGUUUUGGAGAGAUGGCGAUACUGUACUCGCUGGUCUCACGGGGAUCGGUGGUGCUGGCGGAGUUCAGCGCCACGUCGACGAACGCCAGCGUGAUCGCGAGGCAGAUCCUGGAGAAGAUACCGGGGAACACCGACACGCAUGUGUCCUACUCUCAGGACCGCUAUAUCUUCCACGUCAAGCGCACCGACGGCCUCACCGUCCUCUGUAUGGCCGACGAGAUCGCCGGAAGGAGAAUCCCGUUUGCGUUUCUCGAAGACAUUCAUCAGAGAUUUGUGAGGAAUUAUGGCCGUGCAGUUCUUUCGGCACAUGCUUAUGGUAUGAAUGAUGAAUUCUCAAGGGUUUUGAGCCAGCAAAUGGAGUACUACUCGAAUGACCCGAAUGCUGAUAGGAUAAAUCGACUAAAAGGUGAAAUGAGUCAGGUGCGGAACGUCAUGAUAGAGAAUAUUGACAAAGUUUUAGAUAGAGGCGAUCGCCUGGAAUUGCUGGUGGACAAAACUGCUAAUAUGCAAGGAAAUACCUUCCGCUUCAGAAAGCAAGCUCGCCGUUUCAGAAGCACCGUUUGGUGGAGAAACGUCAAGCUCACGGCUGGAUUGAUACUCUUGCUGCUAGUGAUUAUUUACGUUGUGCUGGCUUUCGUUUGCCAUGGUCUUACACUGCCCACCUGCCUGAAGUGAGGGUGAUCUCAAGCGAGAUUUGGAUGUGCUUUCUUGUAUUUUACUUUUUUUCUUGCUGUUCUUUUUGGUGUGGGUAUAUUGGGUUCUUUUAUUUCAGCUUCCACUGCCGUAAGUUGUCUCAGAUUCCUGUUUGUGCGAUUUUAAACAUUCAACCGUCAGAAUGAGUACCCUUUUUGAUUACUCGUAGUGGACUUGGAAAUGGUUAA